ACACGAACAUGGCCUAUGACAGUUCGUAAAUUCGACAGGUUUCAGUGUAGAUCUAACAUUAUAUUGUCAAAAUAUGUUCAGAUCUCUUUAAAUGUUCUGGAAAAGCAAGUUAAGUAUGUGGAGAUCGCUGUUUAGAAAGGAAAUUCCGCAAAGUGAAGGUUAGCGAAACAAAUAUAGUGGCAUGGGUGGAAUAUUGUUCCUUUCUCUAUGAAAAUAUCAUAUAGCCAACCGCAAUCUAGUUUUCUACCGGCAGCAUGAUUUUUGACAGAUUGUGACGAUUUACGAUUGCAACUACAGCCGCUCUUUAGAGCUGGAGGAGAAAAUAUGGCUUAAAUUUUUUGGCUGCUUCUGCUUUCAGCGAUGCAGCGGAAGUCAGAAAAAAUUUUGGGUUCGGUGUAGUCAGCGCUUUGUAUAGGCGCUGUCUGGCGGUGGAUACAGCCAAUUUUUAUCGAUAACGAUAAUGAUGACUAUCCUAUGUCGAUUUAUUGGUUGCAUAUUACUUUUUGUAUGAUAUGUUCUACAAAUCCCAAAUAAUUAAUAUUUGGUUGUGGGACUUAAGAAUACAUUAAGUGAAGUGGAAUUAUAUCAGUUUACAAUGCAUUAUUUAAUCACCUUUUUGGUGGAUACUGCCGAACAAAGGGAAAUCGGUUAUUGCUUUUGCGACCCUUACUCGAUAAUAAAUUUAAUUAUUUUUGUGAGGUUGAGGACUGGUUAUCAAUAGAUUUAUGCAAAAUGACUCUUUCUACGAAACCUCUUGGGAGCUCUGCCAGGUCCCAGAGACGCGUCGGGCGACCGUCCGGCGGGAAAAGAGUGCUGCCUAGGGAAGUAUCAGGUAAAAUUCGAUCGGAAUACAGGAGAAGCCUGGAUUCCAGUGAAAACUCGAACGAUAGCGGUUUGGGCCAUGACCACCAAACGGAUCCACACCACCACACCAUGCCCAUGAUCGAGAGGCUGGGCUGGUCCGACGACAGAUUAGAAUCCAAGAGACUGCGUAUGGAUAUUAAAGUUGAAAACGAAGAUCCAAAUAGCGCAUACUGUUUUUCUGCCAAUGCGCGUGAACCCAAGGAAAACUUGUCACUAAUCCGAACCGUUCCCUCAUCGGUCAGCGUUUCGUCGCUGAGUAUAUCAAGCAACGCGAACACCACUUCCACUAGGACCGCUUCGAGGUGUAUGACGACAUCUGGACGUCAGUCCUUAACCUCACCCUUAUCUCUGACAGCUCAGCUCAGCUCAACAUCACACACUAGCGAUAUCGCGUUAACCAUCGUCAAGCAACCCGAGCAACAGCAUAGGGCUCGAUACCAGACAGAAGGGAGCAGGGGUGCAGUCAAGGACCGGGAGGGUAAUGGGUUUCCGAUCGUACAGCUCACCGGCUACUACAAACCAGCAACGCUGCAGGUUUACAUAGGGACCGACGUGGGGAAAGUGACGCCCCAUAUGUUUUACCAAGCGUGUAAAGUUAGUGGGAAAAAUUCGACGCCAUGUACCGAAAAAAAAAUAGAGGGUACCUGCGUCAUCGAACUGGCGUUUGAGCCGUCGAAGGAAAUGUGCGCGACGUGCGACUGUGUUGGUAUUCUCAAGGAGAGGAACGUGGACGUCGAACACAGGUUUCCGGAUCAGUUGGGGAACCGGAGCAAAAAGAAAUCGACUCGUUGCAGAAUGAUAUUUCGCACCACCAUUACACACGACAACGGUACCCAAGAAACACUACAAGUGUGUUCUCAACCAAUAAUUUGCACACAACCACCGGGAAUACCAGAAAUAUGCAAAAAAUCAUUGACUUCCUGUCCGGCCAGUGGCGGCUUGGAACUGUUCGUGUUGGGCAAAAAUUUCUUGAAAGACACAAAAGUAUAUUUUCAGCAGUACGAAGAGAGCAGGGUCUGCUGGGAAUCGGCUGUAGCUCCGGACAAGGAAUAUUUGCAGCAGACACAUUUUGUGUGUGUUGUACCCCCCUACCGCAGAUCAAAUAUAACCGAGCCAGUAAUGGUUAGGUUAUGCGUAGUAUCGAGCGGUAAAACUAGCGAAUCCCAUCAAUUUGUAUACACCCCCGUUAACGGGGCUGUUCCAAGCGUGCAUUUAGAUGCCCAACACGCUCAACCGGCUCACUUUUUUAAAAGUGCCUUGUGGUCUGCCCCGCUCCAAAAAAGGGAGGACGAUUUGGAAAUUAUGCCCCCGCCCGAAUCUAAUUUGGUACCCAUGUCCACCCGUAGAUCGUCCGUAAGUUUACCGUCGUCUAGUGACGUACAGUCUCCGCCGAUACAAACCAUGAAACAAGAGUACAUCGACGAGAAUAGCCAGAGUUCGAUGACGGAAACCAUCGAGGUGCACCGUGAGAGGUACCGACCUGUCUCCGAAAGCUCCCUGGACGUUAAUCACGACUCAAACAUGUCGCUCAUCAACGACAACUCUAUCGAUAUGAUCCACCAUGGUUCCGUGAUUAGCGAUAACUCGAACCAGAGCGUUUCGAUGGAGGACACCGUCGACGUGGUUCACCAUCAGAGUGCUGAAGCGGCUAAGACGACGUUACCCGAAACUCCACCCGCGGUUAUGAGUGCCACCGAGAAAGUUAUGGAUUUGAGGAUGAAAUUGCCUCUAAGUGAUGAGGGUGACUACGCGACGACUACGUCUAUGGCGACAUUGAAGAAGCUCGGAAUCGAGCCCACUAACGCCCCGUUGCCCACCCAGAGUGCUCAAAGCGUGGAAAACUACCUGACGAAGAUUGAGUCCAAGUCGACCGUUACAGCCGACGGUGACAAGAUGAAACUGCUUACCCCUCUUCUCGCUAGUAGCGCAUCGCAAUUCGGAUAUUUAAGUGGCGCCGUCAAAACCGAUACCGCUGCAUUUUCCGGCGACAUGUUGCCUUCCAAAACCGCGGAGGUGUCCCUAACGUCGGCUCUGGAGCCGAUCAUCAUCAAUCAGAAACUGGACGAGAUUGUCAACACGACGCUGGAGUCUCACAUCGGUGCCGCGGCCGACACCAACUUUCUUCAAAACAAAGAAACGAUAAUCACACCGCAAGACGUCAUGUUGACGACGCAGUCUCAGAUGAUGGUGUCCCCUGUAAUUAACGCCAGGAUGCCAUCUCCCGUAAUGGAGGUACCGUCGAAUCACGCGCACGCCAUAACUCCGGAAAUUAUACUGCCGGCCGCCAUGAUUUGCCAGAGCGCCACUACCGUGCAGCCAGAAUCUCUUUUGCCGGCCGUGUGCCAAGCGACACCACCGGUCGGCGAUUCGAGCUUGAUCACUAGCAGUAGUCGGCCGUUGAUGUCGCAAGUUGCCCAUAUGCACGCACCCAUAUUGGCGACCGACCCGGAAAAGGCGGUGUUGUUGGAGGCCGCUGUCGAUUUCCUCAAAACCCAAAAGAAAAUCUCCGAGAUGAAUACGAGCGUGAACGACAUCACAGUGUCUUCGUCGACCUCUAUUAAUCCGAUUCUGGCGACACAAAUUCAUGGCUCCAUGGAUCGCAAUUUCGUGCAGCAUUUCGGUGGUCCGGCAGCUAUGAAAAGUAUAGAGUCCAAAAGCGAUUUUGUACCUUUGCCCGUGAACGAUUUGGCAUCUCCUUCUACCGCCACCGACAAAAAGACCGACGAUAGGAUGAUUCCGCAGUCUUUCACUGCACUGACGGAAAACGAGUUGAUCAACUUUAUUAAUCCCAGCUGUUUCGACCAAGGUAAUAGCUACCAUUAAGAGGCACGCCUGCUUGUCGAUGUGUUGCAGUAAUUCCUAGAGUAUGUACAUAAUAUAUAGAGUCGUAUAAUCGUAAAGUUUUACGUAGAAAAUUGUACAUAUUUUUAAGUAGAUUGUAAGUAGAGGAUUUUUUUUUCGAUUGCUUGUAAUGGUAGUAUUUUUAACGGAGUUCCUUGGGGAUGCGUGUAAAUUUACAAAAUUCGUGGUAGACUGCAUGGUUCUUGCAAAACGUAUCGUAGGUAUAUAGCUAUUUUCAUGUCUGUUUUUUUCAGUUUAAAUCAUUGGUGGAGGCUAAUUCAUGUCCUACUUAUUGAUGUCAGAGGCCUUAUUUUGCAUUUUAGCGCAGCUUUGUUAUCGAUGAGAGUGUUAUUAUCUUUUUAAUUGCAAAUGUUAUUAGAGUAUAAGAGAGACCUGUAAAUAGAUCCCUAUUUUUUAUAUGUACAUUUUCAAAUCGGACUGACAUCAUAAUUGAAAAAUUACCGCUUCGGGAGAAGCAAAUCUGAUUUAUACUCAUAUCCUGAAAUAAGGAAAGAAAGACAAGGUACACGUUGUUCUUUUUUUUAAAUUCUAAAUUAUUUAUAUAUAUGUUUUUUCGUAAAAAUGAGUUAUCAACUAAGGAAAAUAUAUAUAUGUUAUAUCCAUAUUAUAUAUGAGAAUGUUUGUAUACUUAAAUGUUAUUACUGUGUUUAUUAUGUUAUAAAUAAAUAUGUGCCUGUUUA